AAAUGACAUUGAAAUGUUUUUCUUUGUAUGUUUGUACACUGCGUUUCGAUAUUAUAUCUUAAAUUUAAUGGAAAAAACACCACCACAACAAAUUCCAUUUACUUACAGACAGUAUUAUCUUAGAAUGGCAGAAUCAUGUCCUCCAAAAAGAAAUAAUUUGUCAUUAGUUGGAGUUGAUUUCAAACAGGAGUGUACAAGUCCAAGUCCUACUGAAACUGUUUGUUUGGAAAAUUUAAGUAUUGAUAGCGUACCAGGCCCUUCCCAAUUACUAGAUGCAAGUGGGGAUGACUUAACAAAUUUAGAUAGUAACGAUAAGAUUGAAACGAAAUCGGAGUUCUUAAGUGAAUUAGGCUUAGAGGAGUGUGAUGGUGAUUGUGAAGAGCAUUCUUGGAACAAUAUUUUUCAGGAAGAAAUCGAUAAUGCAGUUAGAAGUAUUAUAGAUGAAGACUGUAAUGGAAUUAAUAGCGUCGAAACUCCUUAUUCAAUGUGCCCUGCAACACCAAAAAGUACAUUGAAGGCGGCAUAUGAUCGAAGGAGAAAACGAAAAUUGGACCUUCAAAAUGGGCAUCCGUGCAAAAAAAUGUUACCAGAUAAAAAGGCCACAGAGUUAUCUAAUAAAGCGCAAAGUGAAAUUCAAAACGUCGUCGUACCCUCGCCGCCAAUUCAGUCAGAAAUCCCCUCCAGUAAUAAUCAGUCGGUCGUCACUACACCUGUUGGCGAUAAGAUGAAAACUAUUAGAGCUGUUAUUCCGACAAAGGACAAUCCGCCCCCAGAAUUAGGAGAGUGGAUCACGCAGUUUCAGAGAUGGUCUAACGCAGAAAGAUUGUUAGCAAUAGACGAGCUGAUCACUCGCUGCGAGCCCACGCAAGUGAGGCACAUGAUGCAAGUGAUCGAGCCCCAGUUUCAGCGUGAUUUUAUCUCGCUAUUGCCUCGAGAGCUGGCACUGUCUGUUUUGCGGCUGCUUGAACCUGCCGAUCUUUUGCGUGCUGCUCAAACGUGUCGUAGCUGGCGCUUUCUUGCUGACGACAACCUCUUAUGGAAAGAAAAGUGCAAGCAGGUCGGCAUCGAAGACAUACCCAAACGUAAGAUGUCGCCCCGUUGUCCCAAUAGUCAUACUUCGCCCUGGAAAGCAGCUUAUAUGAGACACCACGCGAUUGAAAUGAACUGGCGUAGUAGACCCAUCAAACCCCCGAAAAUGCUCAAGGGCCAUGACGAUCACGUGAUUACGUGCCUUCAGUUUUGCGGAAACCACAUCGUUAGUGGAUCUGAUGACAAUACAUUGAAAGUUUGGUCCGCGACAACAGGAAAGUGUUUGCGAACCUUGGUUGGACACACAGGGGGCGUGUGGUCUUCCCAGAUGUCCGGCAGCAUAAUAAUAAGCGGCAGUACUGACCGUACUUUGAAAGUAUGGGACGCUGAGACGGGAGUUUGCAUUCACACCCUGUACGGACACACAUCCACUGUGCGUUGCAUGCACCUUCACAAAGAUAAGGUCGUGAGUGGUUCACGUGAUGCUACUUUGAGAGUGUGGAAUAUUGAGACAGGAGAAUGUUUACAUGUUUUGGUUGGUCACCUUGCCGCGGUUCGAUGUGUCCAGUACGACGGGAAAUUGGUAGUUUCUGGGGCUUAUGAUUACAUGGUGAAGGUUUGGAAUCCGGAGAGGGAGGAAUGUAUUCAUACACUUCAGGGGCAUACUAACCGUGUAUAUUCGUUACAGUUUGAUGGUGUCCAUGUGGUGAGUGGUUCGCUAGAUACCAGCAUAAGGGUGUGGGAGGUUGAGUCGGGUGCCUGCCGUCAUACCUUAAUGGGUCACCAGUCGCUUACAUCCGGCAUGGAACUGCGUAAUAACAUUCUUGUUUCGGGAAAUGCCGAUUCUACGGUUAAAGUUUGGGACAUUAUCACCGGUCAGUGUCUACAAACGCUCUCAGGGCCUUAUAAACAUCAAUCAGCCGUAACUUGCCUUCAAUUCAACAAUCGUUUUGUGAUAACGUCGUCAGAUGACGGUACAGUCAAGCUGUGGGACCUGAAGACGGGCGAGUUCAUCCGAAAUCUGGUGGCGCUCGAUAGUGGCGGAUCAGGCGGUGUCGUGUGGCGCAUACGUGCCAGCGACACCAAAUUGGUGUGCGCAGUUGGGAGCCGGAAUGGCACCGAGGAAACAAAACUCCUCGUGCUCGACUUCGACGUCGACUCCAAUUCCAGUACUGUAAUAUGUAGGUAACUAAUAAGGACCUCAACAAAUGUGUGCUUGCUGUCACCGUUCUUGCGUGUCGUGUGUGUGUGGUCGGUGGGUUGGUGGCAUCCUUCUACUACUGCAUCUACUGCCACGAAUGUUGAUGACUGAUGUAUGCAAAACCAAUAAGGAACUAACUCGAGUAUGUAAUGUAUGAACGGUAAUGAUUAUUAUAAUUACUAUUUUUUUAUUUUUGAAAUGAAUACUUCUUAUGUGACAGUAGAUAAGCGCGUGUCAAAUUAUUUUCCACGUGUGGUAGACGCGUAGAAUUAUCGAGCCUGUCGUGCAUCGAAUAGUGCAACUAUUUGGUACAGGAAGUAUUCACUUCAAACAUUGUGUAAGGACACACACUUUUUUGUUGGCUAUGAAGUCCAUGUUUUACAUUUGUUGCAGUUGGUCUUUAUUUUUACUUUUUCUUUUAUGGUUUUUUAAGGCAGCAAAAGGUAAAAGGGCGACUUUAUGUAAUGGUUAUUAGAGAAACAAUAAUUUAGAAACGUAAAAGUAAACAAGUUCUAUUAUAUAGUUUUUAUUUACCUUUUGAGCUAUAUUUGACAAAUUCAACAAAAAAAAGUGAAUUUUUAAUUUGUUUAAUACUUCAUACAUUUUUAAAUAUAUUAUGUACCUAAUGUUGCUGAAAUUAUUGUACCAUUACAGUUACUAGCUGCCUUAAAAAUAUUUCUGUAACAAACCUAAUUUUUUUGAAUAUCAACUACAGUUAAGUUGUAAAUAUAAUAACUUUCCAACUAUUAUUAUUUUAUCGUUAUACAUUUAUAUAUUCUGUACAGUAAAGUUUGAAUAUCUUUUGCUUGAAAUUAUUACUUUUGUAUCUAAAAACUAUAAUAAUUUGGCAUACUGUACUGUACUGUACUCUCUUAUUUAUUCAAUAAGGAAAGGAUAUUAAGCUCUUGAUUUAUUAUUUUUCAUUUUUAUAACGAAUGUAAAACAUGGAAUUUUCCUAGAUGCAAUAUUGUUAAUACCAUCAUUAAUUUCAAAGCGAGUUUUCCGUUGUUUAAUUUCGAAGUCAUAAGAAAAAGCUGGUGCCCUUAUGUUAUUCGAUAAUUAUUUCACACCCUUCCUGUACGAUUUUAACAAACAAAAAGUUAUUUUAUACAUACUAUAUUGUUGGUAACAGAUUUCUUUUAAGUUUGUUUAAAUUUUCUAUUUUAUUUUUUCUAACAUUUUUCUUUGUAUAUUAUCGUCAUGGAGUUCCCCAUAAAGUUUAAGAUAUAAUACAUUGAUGGAGUCAGUUGAGUUCCAUAAUAAAUUAAUUAUAAUUCACAAAAAUUAAUUAAAGUAAAUUUCCCAAGUUUUUCAAAUAUUAAAACAAAUUCCGGUUAAAUAGAUAAUUACAUCACAAAUUUAAUUUUUAAAACAUCACAAAUAUUUUACUUAAUUGGCAUUUAUGAAAUGUACUAUAAUCUGAGCGUUUAGGAAAUUAAGUACUUAUUUAUUUUUGUAAUCGGUAUUAAGUUACUAAUUGCCUUAUUUAUGGAGUAAUGAUGGAAAUGUGACUUUUUAAUAUUUUUUUUUGUAAUUGUUUUCGUUUUCUUGGCAUUUUUCAGUAAUAUUAAUACGAUAACUGCAUUUUAAAGUGCUCCAGCCAGUUUAUAUCUAUGCGGAAAAUGGAAUUAUUCUUCUCUUAUAAUAUUCUUUUUCAUUUAUGUGCAAAAAUCGUCAUUUUCUGUCGGUAUAUUAAGUGACUGGGAUACUAAAAAGUUGUUGUAUUUGUUUCUGAAUUGAGGGGUCUCGUUUAAAAAUUGGGAGAACCCCUUAGCAGAAGAAACGAGCACCAGUGAGACUGAUGUAAUAUUGUCUAUUUCAUGUGAGGUAGGUCAAGUGCCACAUUAUAAAGUACUUGUUUUUCUAGAAGCUUAGGUCUUAUUAUAUAAGUAACGUUAUUGAUAUUGCAAUAAAUAAAAUAUUGGUUAAU